AUGGCUGGACAGCUUGACGGCAAGACGGCGCUGGUAACCGGCGGCGGCUCGGGAAUCGGACGGGCCACGUCGCUGGCGUACGCGCGGGAGGGAGCGCGGGUGGUGGUGGCGGACAUGAACGUGGAGGGCGGCGAGGAGACGGUGCAGAUGAUCGUGGAGGCGGGCGGGCAGGCCAUCCUGGUCCACGCCGAUGUGUCGGACGCGUCCGGAACGCAACUGAUGGUCGACCAGGCCGUGGAGGCUUUCGGCAGCCUGGACUGCGCCUUCAACAACGCGGGAAUCUCCGGCGGGCGCGAGCGGCGGCGGUCGGCGGACUACGAGGAGGAGGACUUCGACCGGGUGAUCCGCAUCAACCUGAAGGGCGUGUGGCUCUCGAUGAAGGCGGAGAUUCCGCAUAUGCUGAAACAGGGCAGCGGCGCGAUCGUGAACACCGCAUCUAUCAUGGGGCUGAUCGCGACACCCGGUUCGGUGGCGUAUAUGGCCGCCAAGCACGGUGUUGUUGGGCUGACCAAGGCGGCGGCGCUUGAGUACGCGCAGGACGGCAUACGGGUGAACUCCGUGUGCCCGGGGUACAUCAACACUCCGCUGGUGCGCCCGUUGUUCGACCAGUAUGAGGCAAUGGAGCAGACGGUGAUCUCUAGGCAUCCCAUCGGAAGACUGGGCGAGCCUGAGGAGAUCGCUGCGGCGGUAGUGUGGCUGUCGUCACCCUCUGCCAGCUUCGUCACGGGCCACAACAUGGCCGUCGACGGCGGGUACGUGGCGCAGUAG